GGGUGUUGACUUUCACAUGACAUUGACGCUCUGGAAAUGUUGAGUAGCUGCUGAUCUCAGACAGUCGUUGCUCGGUGGAUCCAGCACCACUCGCCCGUGGACAGCUCCCGCAGGACCGCUUUACAUGAACAGAAGGCUCAUUUACGUGCCAACUCAUUCUGGAAGUUUACAACUUGGAGAGGAAUCUACUGAUACCUCACUGCAUGACACACGGGCAUAUUGCUUUUGGGAAAGAAGCCAAAUUCACUGUUAACUGAAACUGUGUCGGGUUUGAACGGGUGUUUGCGUGGUGGAUCUCUGCUGCUGUCUGAAAUCAGAGACAUGGCGACAAACAACACCAAAAGCACUGACGGACAAGUUGUGACGGAACUCAACGAGAUCACAACUAACGACAAACCCAAAGCAGAGGACGCCAAACCAGAGAAAAAGAAGAAAGACAUUCCAGACAGAGAAACUUGGGGUGGGAAAUUUGAUUUUCUCCUGUCAUGUGUGGGCUACGCCAUCGGACUGGGCAACGUCUGGAGAUUUCCUUAUCUGUGCGGGAAAAACGGCGGAGGGGCUUUCUUGAUUCCUUAUUUUUUGACGCUUAUUUUUGCGGGAGUUCCUCUGUUUUUUCUUGAGUGCGCUCUUGGACAGUACACAUCCAUUGGCGGCCUUGGGGUUUGGAAACUAGCUCCAAUGUUCAAAGGUGUUGGUCUUGCGGCUGCUCUUCUCUCAUUCUGGCUGAACAUUUACUACAUUGUCAUCAUUUCCUGGGCGCUGUACUACUUAUACAACUCCUUUACCACUGAGCUUCCAUGGAAAUCUUGUAACAAUCCAUGGAACACAGACAGAUGUUACACAAACUACAGCAUAGUAGACACCACCAAUCUCACCAGCGCUGUCAUGGAGUUUUGGGAACGCAAUAUGCAUCAAAUGACUGAUGGCUUAGAAAAACCUGGUGAAAUUCGUUUGCCACUUGCAAUAACACUGGCCAUUGCCUGGGUCCUCGUGUACUUCUGUAUCUGGAAAGGUGUUAGCUGGACUGGAAAGGUUGUUUACUUCUCUGCCACCUACCCAUACUUCAUGCUGUUCAUUUUGUUUAUUCGUGGAGUGACCCUGCCUGGGGCUAAAGAUGGAAUCAUGUUCUAUGUCACUCCUGAUUUUGAGAAGCUGAAGCAGUCUGAGGUUUGGCUGGAUGCUGCAACACAGAUUUUCUUCUCCUAUGGUUUGGGACUAGGCUCUCUUAUUGCUCUGGGCAGCUACAACCCUUUCAAUAACAAUGUGUACAGGGAUUCUAUCAUCGUGUGCUGUAUAAAUUCCUUCACUAGUAUGUUUGCUGGAUUUGUGAUUUUCUCUAUUGUGGGCUUCAUGGCACAUGUGACAAAGAGAUCAAUAGCUGAUGUAGCUGCAUCAGGUCCUGGUUUGGCGUUUUUAGCUUAUCCAGAAGCUGUGACGCAGUUGCCCGUCUCACCACUGUGGGCUAUUCUCUUCUUCUCCAUGCUGCUGAUGCUGGGAAUCGACAGUCAGUUCUGCACAGUGGAGGGCUUCAUCACUGCUCUGGUGGAUGAAUUCCCACGGCUGCUCAGGAAAAGAAGAGAGAUUUUCAUUGCAUGUGUUUGCAUUGUAUCCUACGCCAUUGGGUUGUCCAAUAUCACGCAGGGUGGCCUCUAUGUGUUUAAACUCUUCGACUAUUACUCAGCCAGUGGAAUGUGUCUGCUCUUCCUGGUGUUCUUUGAGUGUAUCUCAAUCUCCUGGUGCUAUGGUGUGAACAAGUUUUAUGAUAACAUCCAGGAAAUGAUUGGAUACAAGCCUUGUCUAUGGUGGAAACUGUGCUGGGUUUUCUUCACUCCUCUAAUUGUCGCUGGCGUGUUCCUCUUCAGUGCGGUGCAAAUGGUUCCUCUUACAAUGAACAACUAUGUGUUCCCUAAAUGGGGGCAAGGAGUGGGCUGGCUCAUGGCUCUGUCCUCUAUGGUUCUCAUACCUGGUUAUAUGGGCUACAUGUUCCUCACCCUGAAGGGAACAUAUAAAGAGCGGAUCAGGAUAAUGCUGCAUCCUCCAGCAGUCACGCGUGCUCAGGAGAACGGGCCAGACCAACAGCAGCUGCAGACACAGAUGGAGCAAUCACCGCAACAAGAGCAGCAACCGGACCAAGCACCACAGCAACCACAAUCACCACAAGCACCGCAGCAACGGCAACAACCGCCGCAGACGCAGCAGCAGACGCAGAUGCAGCCGCAGGCUGAUAGUUCCUCUUCGACUAACCCUGGCAAUGACGCCAAUGUUUAAAACCAGUAGAAGUGAACCCCAGCAGAGAGCAAUCAAAGAUUAACAACACAGAAGACUUCCAUGUUUAUACAGUAAUAGAAUCAUCUACCUCCAGGGGUCAUACAUAAUCAAGCUAAAACAUGAAAAAAGCAAAAGUAAAAAAAAAAAAA